CUAACCUUAAAGCAGAAGGAGAAGAUGAAAUCUCUUUCCGUCACUUUGGUUCUUCUUUCAUUUAUUCUGAGCUCAUUCUUCCUCCAGUAUGGCACUGCCGAUUCCUCUACAACCUAUGCUCCAAGUGUUUGUGAUUCAAAAUGUGGGGUAAGAUGCUUGAAUGCAGGGGUGAAGGACAGGUGUUUGAAGUAUUGUGGACUCUGCUGCCAACAGUGCAAGUGCGUGCCCUCUGGAACCUAUGGAAACAAAUCAGAAUGCCCUUGUUAUAGAGACAAGUUGAACUCCAAGGGAAAAUCUAAAUGCCCUUGAUUUCAUUUUCCAUCCCUUGAAAUCUAUCAUGUUUUCACUUUUCAAUCACUUGAAUCUAAUUUCCUUUCUUCCCUGCAGUUCCUUAAAUGUGAGUGGGUUUUUGUGACAUGACCAAAUAAAAUUCAAUGAAUUAAACUGAAA